UCAGAUGGGGGGCGCGGGGCAGCCCCCGCCCGCAGGGGGCGCUCUCGACGUGACGCCCGCGGGCGAGGGGGGCUGCGGGCAUGAUUGGGGGGGGGGGGGAGCGCGGCGCUGCGCGCGCGCGCCUUCUGCUCGGCGAACGAGCAAAGACAUGGGCAUCAGAGCGCGGAGGUCCGCGCGGAUUCCUCGGAUUGGCCCUCCAGUGCCCCCCUGGCGGCGCCUCGGGCGGCCGCCCCUGGCGCGCGCUCCGUGCGCCAGGGGGGCCCGGCGCCGACCCGAGGAACCCGCACGGACCUUAGAGUUUGCAUGCUUGUGUCAGUGUCUUUUCCCCCGGUCUGCACCCUCGGAGGCUGCCGGAGGGCCUCCAGGAGUCGGGGGAGGACGGCAGGCGUACCCAUGCCGCUGCCCUUCCGUCGUCGCCACGGCCGGACUCGCCUCGAGCUUUUGGGCAGAGCGCACCCUUGGCGAUGCCUGUGGAGUAGCGGCAUCGGUACCCUUUUGUGCUUCCAUGGCCCGCGCGCGCGAUUGCGACGCGGGGCGCCGCACGGCGGCCCCGGCGCCUGAGCCCUCGGAGGCGGCGCGGGCUCAGCCGUUCUGCCGGCGGAGCCUCUGCCCGAGAGGCCUCCGCCGCCGCCGCUCCCGCGGGCGCCGCCUCUCUGCCAGCGGGGCCUUUGCCAGAGAGGACUCCGCCGCCGCGCCCCCCCGCAGCAUGCAGAGUUCGACGAGAGACGUCUUUUGCUUGUUCCUUGCCGAUUCUGUAUUAUCAUGCAGACUGCGUGGCCCGCGUAUGGCGCGGCCGACGCGAUAGUGAGCAGCGAGGGAGCAGGGCCUGC